UCACGUGACUGCGUUUUCCCGCGUUUUCUCAACUCUCUGACGGUCUUGCCGCCUUGCUUUUUUGCCGGGGCUCCUGUGCUUGCGUGUGAGCGCGGAACAUUUCGCCACUUCGGAAAUUUCUUGUCCAAGAUCAUGUCUGGAAAAGAUUACGUCGCCGAUAGAGAGAAGAUCAAGUCGUUUCUCACCGACUUCUACGCAACCGGUGACCGGGGGAAAAAGGAAUUUGUUUAUGCGAAGCAACUGGUGAACUUGGCGCACCGAGAGCAGGUAGCGCUCACCAUCGACUUGGAUGAUGUCGAGGACUACGAUAGCAGCCUCGCGGAGGCUAUCAUGCAGAAUGCACGUCGGUACAGCAACCUGUUUGCGGAUGUCGUGUAUGAGAUGUUACCGGACUACAAGCAGAAAGAGGUUCUCGCAAAGGAUGCUUUAGAUGUGUACAUUGAGCACCGUAUGCUUAUGGAAAACAGGAGCAGACAGCCUGGAGAUGUCCGAGAUCCCCGCAACAAGUACCCGCCAGAACUGAUGAGGCGAUAUGAAGUGUACUUCAAGAUGCCAUCAGCUACCAAGCCUCUGUCUGUACGAGAUGUUAAGGCAGGCUGCAUUGGGAAGCUUGUUACUGUGAAAGGCAUUGUCACACGGUGUACUGAAGUGAAGCCCAUUAUGUGCGUUGCGACGUACACUUGUGACCAGUGUGGUUCUGAAACCUAUCAGCCUAUCAACAGCCCCAGUUUUAUGCCUCUGGUGACUUGCCCAAGCGAUGACUGCCGUGUCAACCGAUCGGGAGGCCGGCUCUACCUUCAAACGAGAGGUUCCAAGUUUAUCAAGUUUCAAGAGCUCAAGAUACAAGAACAUAGUGACCAAGUGCCUGUGGGGAACAUCCCACGAAGCAUGACCGUGUAUGUGCGUGGAGAGUUGACGCGUUCUGCUUUGCCAGGUGACCAUGUCUCUGUGACAGGCAUUUUCCUACCACUGCUGCGCACAGGAUUUCGUCAAAUGCAAGGUGGACUCCUCUCGGACACCUACCUGGAGGCCCAUAGAAUUGUCAAGAUGAAUAAGAUGGAAGACGAUGAACUGGAUGACAGCAUGAUGACACCUGAGGAGCUGGAGGCACUCUCGGAACCCGACUUCUAUGCCAAGCUUGCUGGCAGCAUAGCCCCCGAGAUAUACGGUCAUGAAGAUGUCAAAAAAGCACUCCUGCUUCUGCUUGUGGGAGGCAUUGACCGCCACCCAAAUGGCAUGAAAAUUCGAGGCAACAUCAACAUUUGUCUAAUGGGGGACCCUGGUGUGGCGAAGUCACAGUUGCUGUCUUACAUUGAUCGACUGGCUCCAAGAAGCCAGUACACCACAGGUCGUGGCUCAUCUGGUGUUGGUCUGACCGCAUCAGUCAUGAAGGACCCACUGACUGGUGAAAUGACACUUGAAGGCGGUGCACUUGUGCUAGCGGACCGAGGCGUUUGUUGUAUUGAUGAGUUUGACAAAAUGAUGGACAGUGAUCGAACUGCAAUACACGAGGUCAUGGAGCAACAGACCAUCUCCAUUGCAAAGGCUGGCAUUAUGACAACUCUGAAUGCACGCACGUCCAUUUUGGCGGCGGCCAAUCCUGCAUAUGGUCGCUACAACCCAAAACGCUCCAUUGAGCAGAACGUCCAACUGCCUGCUGCACUUCUGUCACGUUUUGACCUGUUGUGGCUCAUCCAGGACAAACCUGACCGUGAAAAUGACCUGAGACUGGCAAACCACAUCACUUUUGUGCACAAGAACUGCACGGAGCCACCGCAGGGUACGCAUAAACCACUGGACAUGCGUCUCAUGCGGCGUUACAUUGCACUGUGCAAGAGUAAGCAACCCGUGGUUCCCGAGGAAUUGACUGAUUACAUCGUUAGCGCAUAUGUGGAAAUGCGCAAAGAAGCACGCAACAGUAAAGAUGCCACCUUCAUGUCACCCAGGACACUGCUAGCCAUUCUGCGCCUUUCCACUGCUCUGGCAAGGCUUCGGCUGGUUGAAGUUGUUGAAAAAGACGAUGUUAAUGAGGCCAUGCGUCUCAUGGAAAUGUCGAGAGACUCCCUCGUACAGCACACAGAGUCUGGCGGCAGGGUCCAGACAGUAACUGACAAGAUCUUUGCGCUUAUCCGAGACAUGGUCACAGAAUCUGGAGGCAAGACAGUGAAGAUGGCUGAUGCUGUUGAACGUUGUGCUUCACGUGGAUUCCGGCCCAACCAGAUUGAGGAAGCCAUAGAAGAAUACGAGGAACUCAAUGUCUGGCAGGUUAACCAGGCCAGAACAAAGAUCACCUUUGUUUAAAGGCACUUGUCCUUCAUUAGGUACUUUUAUUUGUCCUGAUGAAAUUCGCUACCAUUUUAUGGUGCACCUAAGUGCCUGAGCACUGUAAAUAAUGUAUAAAACUGAUCAUGUUGCUAUGUUAAACACUUACCACUUGUUGAUUCUUGUAUUCACAACAAACUCUUCCUUAAUCUGUGGUGGAGCAACAUUUAUCAUAGUGCACUGUGUAUUUUAAGAUACCUUUAAAAGGACACUGUUUACUUAGUAAAGGCUUGCGAAUGUUUACAGUCCACUAAAAAAUCAAGUUCCUUGUCUGCUUAAAAUUUAGACUGCUAAAUAUUGUAGGCACAGCACAAGAAAUGUAGGAAGGAAAAUGGAGACUUUCAACUGAAUUUAUUGAGAAGCGGCAGGAAUGCCUUCAAUAAAUUCAAUUGACAAUCUACCCUCUUUCAUGUCCAUUUUCCUUCCACUUGUUGCGCUGUACUUACAAUAUUUAGCACGAACCAACUUGCCCAAAUCAAGCUCCUGUAGACUGUUUACAAAUUGGCUAUCUUACAAGCAAGCCUGUUAUGCUGAUCCGCAAAACACAGUGUGCUCGCAUCCACCAUUUAAUUUUAUGUGUGUGCACUGAUGCAUUCUUUCUGCUGCAAUGAUUGAAUGCAUUUUUUUGGAAUGGUAAGGUCUCACAUCACCAUCCUUUCUUUUUGUGCCUGUGGCAAUGCACUGCACAACCAGCACACUCCACUGCCACUUCUGCAAGAUAUGUCUGGACUUUUUUUUUUCCUCUCUCUAAACCUCAUGUUUUGUUAUAUAUCAUGUUCCUUAAUCUAUGUAAAUAAA